GUCUGGAGAACUUUGCGCACUGCUCACAGCGGAGCCAGGAAGGCUAGGCGCCUGGAAGGACAGGCAGCCCCCCACAUUUUGGGUGGGCUGCGCCGCUUGGCCGGCGGACCUGCCUGGGUCGGAGAGGUGCGCACCGUCGGCGCCUCGCCCAGCACCUGGCCUCCCCGGCAGCCGCUGAGCGCUGGAGUUCCAGAGUCUGGAGGCACUACCUGAGCAUCCCCUGCCCUUCUGCCCAGCUGAGUCCAGCUGCCCAGCGAAAGCAUGAAAGGAAAUAAAAAAUCGACUUCAAAAGUAACCAUGCGGAUCCCAUAUAGCACUCGCUGGUGCUUAAUAUUCUUCAUCUUCAUGAAUUUUCCAACCCUUCUUGCCUCUGUUCAAAGCAAAAUCACCGCUCCAAAAGCGGAGGACUCAUUUCUGGUCAGAUUAGGAAAAUGGAAAAUGCGCAUUGCAGAGGCCAAAUGCCUACACCGAAUGGAAAAGCUGCCCCCAUACCAAGGAGAAGGUCUGUAUUGUGAUCGCAUGUGGGAUGGAUGGCUGUGCUGGGAUGACACACCGGCUGGAAAAACAGUCACUAAGCAAUGCCCAGAUUAUUUUCCCGACUUCGAUACAACAGAGGUGGCUGUAAAACACUGUGAAAUAAAUGGAACUUGGGAACUAACUGCUGACAUGAAUGAAACCUUGACCAACUACAGUAUGUGUUAUGCUUUCUCCGAUGAAAAAAUGAAGCAUGCUUACAUGAUGUUCUACGUGGCUGUUGUGGGACACUCUGUUUCUCUUCUCACCUUGACAAGUUCGCUGGGGGUUUUCCUGCGUUUCAGGAAUCUUGCCUGCCAACGGGUUACCAUGCAUAAGCACAUGUUUCUGACUUACAUUCUGAAUUCUAUUGGUGUCCUCGUCCACCUGACCCAAGUGGUCCCCAAAAUUGAGUACGUGAACUCGGAUCCGCUGAGCUGCAAGAUUCUGAAUUGUAUCAACCAUUACUUGAUGUUAUGCAAUUAUUUCUGGAUGCUCUGUGAAGGGAUCUAUCUGCACAAACUCCUUGUGGUGAACGUGUUCAAUGGGGAACAAAACAUGAAGUGGUAUUAUCUCUUGGGCUGGGGGUUCCCGGUGGUGCCAACUAUAACCCAUGCUAUUGCCAGGCUGAAGCGCUUCAAUGACAGCUGCUGGAUGAGUGUGGAAACCUAUCUGGUUUACAUCAUCCAUGGCCCUAUCAUGGCAGCACUGACGGUCAACUUCUUCUUUCUGCUCAACAUCCUCCGUGUGCUUGUGAAGAAGAUUAAGAAUGACCGUCAGCACGACGGCAGACGUUACCUGAAGGCCGUGAAGGCCACCCUGUUCCUAGUGCCCCUGCUGGGAAUCCAGUUUGUGAUCUUACCCUGGAGGCCUCACACCAAGAUUCCUGCCCGAGUCUAUGACUACGUGAUGCACUUUCUGAGUCAUUUCCAGGGAUUCUUCGUUUCGAUGAUUUACUGCUUCUACAACACCACUGUCCAAGAAGCCCUGAUACGCCGUUUGCAACUGUGCAAAAUCCGCUGGGAGCAGCGCAACGGAUACGCCAACCGCCGGCAGAAAUACAAUAUUAUGCUGGCAGCUCUGGCUGCAGCUGCGGCUGCAACCAAUGCCGAUCCUGGUGAUAUCCCCGUGUGCAUCUGCCACCGAGAGCCGAGGAACCACGCAGCUGCCAACAACCUGGAGGGGAACAACAAUGACGUCCAAUACGAAGUUGAAGCCGAAAUCAACCUGGGCGAGGAGAUUCACGAGAUCAUCCCGUUGGAAAUCUUAGAGCAGGAGUCAUGCGCUUAAAUGUAAAGCAAAUACAGCAUCAUGAUCUCUGAGGCUUCACAUCCUGGGAGAAAGUCCACCCAUGCGUUUAAAGUGAUCACCAUCCUCCCAGGAGUCAGAUAUAUCAUUUGUGAAGAAUUGUUAAGUGAUUUUAUCCAUAGUGAAUCUGAAGAAUGUUCUUCUUGGUACUAUUGCUAUGGGAGACGGUCUAAGGAAUGGAGUCUCCCACUGCCAACACUUGUAAAUUCCAUCUUUCAUCUAGGACUGAAAUGCAGGUGUAAUGCAAGCAAGGUGUCCAAGGAAAACAAUUAAAUUGACCUAAUUCAGAUCCAGGGUGCUCAUUGUAAAAUCUUGAGCCAUUUCUACCUUUAAAAAUCAAAAUCACUGUCAAUAUUUUCACUUUUAACUCUAAAAUUUGAAUUAGAAUAUUUCUGUAUUUGGCUAUGGAUCUAAACUUCUAAUCUAUUUCAAUCAAUUCCGAUGUUACUCAGAUGUUUUACCAUCCACACCACGUAAACCACACAAAUUACAACAGGACCUCCACAAGACAAAGAGGCUUUCUCAUAUAGAGAUGACCAAGAAUGUAGGGGAAAGAUCUGUACUUGGCAGGAAAACGUAAUGCUUUGAAUGAAAAAAAAAAUUUUUAAGUCAAUUUGCUCGAAACAUUAGAUGGGCCGAUUUAUGAAUUGGUUUGUUCAUAUUGUAUGCUCAGCCUGGUUUUGGAUAAUCCUGUCCACUGGGCAGCCCUCACUUUUGUAAGGAAUUGGCCUUCAUGUUGAAUAUGCUUUAGUUGCUGACAUUUACAAAUUGGGAGGUCACAAAGAACCCUUUGCUAAAUUUUUCACAAAACUGCCAAAAAUGUAAUUCCUAAUGGAAGAGGAUAUUCUCUUUAAAGAGAUUUCUCUACUUGCCUAAAUUCUAAGAUUUGUAAAGCAAACCAUUCCAAAUUUUAUAAAGCCAAUUACCUCACCCUUGGGUGCUAUCUAGCAGUAAAAGAUAAUUCGAAUUGAUAACUCAUCCUAAAAGUCUAUUAACUGCCAUCCACUCAGCUUCACAGCUUAAUAAGAUCCCAGUCUUUCCCAGGAAGACUCAAGACGGCUGAUUAGAAAUCAGUUUCUGGUUGACCUCUGUUUGCAAUGAUUAGCCAAACCAGAGGAGGAAAAAAAUAUGUAACCACUACAAGUUUAACCAUAUUCAAAUUUAUUUAAAAUAAAUGUAGUUUCUCAUUGAAGCCCAAAAUUAUAUUCCCAUAUCUCUCUUUACAUCCUCAGUAUAAUAUCUUCAAAAAUCCCUGAGUAAAUCAGUAUCAUUAAUGGCACCUGAAAUUAAUAUGUGAAUUUGCCACAGUAAUCAGAGUGAUCAUUAUUCAAUUGGUAUGCUAAGUGAGGAGAUACAUCGAAACCCUGCAAAUUUCGUCUAAUCUAUGAUAUCUUAUGCUACUGCCUAGAAGUGAUUUAGUUGUGGUAAGACAAAAAAAUUAAUUUGUUUUGGUUACAUAUAUAGUGCACCCCCAUCCCCACCCCCCAGAAAGUAUAUUCUUUGAGAAAAAUAUUUUGGAUACUAAAGUAGCUAAGACUCCUUUGCUGAAGGUAAGGGAGAAGUUAUAAAGAGGGUAUUUUUUCAAUGACAGUGUUUAUGUAGUAGUCUAUUUUUGUUUACGGACAUGGAAAGCAGUGUAUUUCAGGCAGCUCUAGUACAACUGUGAUAAUAUUUUGCUAAAAUAUUCUAGAUGUUAUUUAGCUAAUACAGUAGG